CGCAGCUCGGGGCUGUCACGGGGCUGCCAGUGGGGCUGCCAGCGGCUGGCCCCGGCUGCGGGGCCGGGGGCGGGCGGGCGCUGCGGGUCUCGUGUGUGCGCCCCCCUCCCGCCCCCCGUGCGCUCUCGGUCCCUCCCUGGGAACAGGCGCUGCCCACCCAGGGAGGCGACCGGCGCUCCUGCCCCGCUGCCGCUCGCUCGCUCACUCACACACAUCACACAGACACACACACAUACACCCGUGCGUGCGCCUCUCGCUCCCGCACUGGAGUCAGUGCUUGUGCCUGCAGGUUGCUCAGACCUGAAAUCUAAGGGAAAAGCUCAGCGUUUGCGUCGCUGCUCCUGCCGCCUGUGGUGGUAGCGGUGAAGAGGAGAGGGGGUUGUGGGGUUUUUUUGCUUGGUGGCUUUUUUUUUUUUUUCCCCUUGAAUUCAAUGGAUCUGAACUUGGAGCCUUUAGACCUCGGCGGUAUUGGAAUAUCUACAUGCUGAUCAUCUUUGUUGUGACACAUCAGGUCGUUUGGGGAAACCAUCCGAAGACAGCAAGAUGUUUCUCGUUCUCUUGUACUUCGCUUUGCCCUUAGUGGAAGUGAGCGGGCUGCCUGGAGGGGACCGCCUGGACUGCGUGAAAGCCAGCGAUCAGUGUCUGAAGGAGCAGAGCUGUAGUACUAAAUUCAGGACACUGAGGCAGUGUGUAGCCGGCAAAGAGAGCAACUUCAGCCGGGCCACGGGCCUGGAGGCGAAGGACGAAUGCAGAAGCGCCAUGGAAGCUCUCAAGCAGAAAUCCCUGUACAACUGCCGCUGCAAGAGGGGCAUGAAGAAGGAGAAGAACUGCCUGCGCAUUUACUGGAGCAUGUACCAGAGCUUGCAGGGAAAUGACUUGCUUGAAGAUUCCCCUUAUGAGCCAGUCAACAGCAGACUAUCAGACAUAUUCAGGCUAGCACCAAUGGUUUCAGUGGAGCCAGUACUUUCAAAGGGGAACAAUUGCUUGGAUGCAGCCAAAGCUUGUAACCUAAAUGAUACCUGCAAGAGGUUCAGAUCUGCUUACAUAACCCCCUGCACCAGCAGCACGUCUAAUGAGAUCUGUAACAAGCGGAAGUGUCAUAAGGCCCUCCGGCUAUUUUUUGACAAGGUCCCCCCAAAGCACAGCUACGGGAUGCUCUUCUGCUCCUGUCGAGACGUAGCCUGUACAGAGAGGAGGCGGCAGACUAUUGUUCCUGUGUGCUCAUAUGAGGACAGGGAGAAACCAAACUGCCUGAAUUUACAAGAGUCCUGCAAGAAGAAUUACAUCUGCAGAUCUCGCCUUGCAGAUUUCUUCACAAACUGCCAGCCCGAGUCACGCUCUGUUAGUGGCUGUCUGAAGGAGAACUAUGCUGACUGCCUGCUCUCUUACUCGGGGCUCAUUGGCACCGUGAUGACACCAAACUACAUCGACUCCAGCAGCCUCAGCGUGGCCCCGUGGUGCGACUGCAGCAACAGUGGCAACGACGAAGAGGAAUGCAAGAAAUUUCUGAAUUUCUUCCAGGACAACAUAUGCCUUAAAAAUGCAAUUCAGGCCUUUGGCAAUGGCACUGAUGUGAAUGUCUGGCAGCCAAUCCUUCCAGUACAGACCACUACAGCCACAACUACAACAGCUUCCAGACUUAAAAACACAGGGUCAGAGACCACCAACAACGAAAUACCCUCCCACAAUGAUUCACCAGCAUGUGCAAACCUGCAGGCACAGAAGAAGCGAAAAUCCAAUGAAUCUGUAGAUACAGAGCUCUGUCUUAAUGAGAACGCUCUGGGGAAGGACAGCACAGCGGGAGUCUCCACCAGUCACAUAUCCGCGGAGAAUUCCCUGGCUCUUCCUACCAGCUCCUAUCUAAGCACACAGCUCACCCUGAUGGCACUUGCACUCUCACUCUCUUUGUCCCUAACCUCAUCAGUCAUCUUGUAGCUGCAUCACAAAAGGACGUGUUAAAAAAAAAAUCAAAAAAAAAAAAAAAAAAAUCUGUUUGCUGUCCUCUGUUGUUUAUCUGGAAUUCCAGGUCUGGGAGCAAAGCUGAGGCACUCCUGCUAGAACAGUCUCAGUCAGCUGGAAUUUUAUUUUUUUUCUUUUUAAAAAAAGCUUCUUGUGAUAUUUAGAGGCUUUGUGAAAUACUUGGUGCAGUGCUACAUUCCAAACCCAAAAGGCUUUUGGGCAUGCUGUGUUUUAAAGAGACAGUGUGUAAAUUUGCCUGUAAAGCGAAUUGGUUGGAUUAUUUUAAUAAUUAUUAUUUUAAUUCUGGCUUUUACCUGAGAAAGAAGAUGAUGGUUUUCUUAAAAUCUUGUUUAUCUCAUUGAAUGGUUUUGGUUUUCAAAUUGAUUGAACUUCAGACUAUCAAGGAUGCCAGGCUUUUGUCUAAUGGUGAAUGUUCUCCCAGAGAGUGGACUUUAUGAAACUUCUUCAUUUGAUAAAUCGCUACUGAUGUUAAACUCUUUCAGUGUGUUAGCAUUUUCCUCUUUAAAUGUUUACGUACUGUAAGUGAUUCUGCGUUCCCUGCUGAGAAGCCAUUAUAAUUCACAUACAGGUAUAAUGUAUGUCUUUCUGUUAAAUUCUCAUAGAGUGUGGCGUAGAACCUUCUAACAGUACAUUUAUCUUUUAAUUAUAAUCAUCUAGCCUUAACAAGAGUGAAGAUUCUUUACAUUAGCAAGAUGCAGCCAUUGUGAAAGCUUGAUGAAGAUACAUUUCUUUAAAUAUGAGGAACAAAUAUUGCUACAGGGUUUCAGCUGUACAGUCUAUGGUCUUCUAUGCUUCCAUUGUGAUAAUAUAGUCCAGUUAUUAUACUCUUUGUUUAAUAAAAAAUGACAUACAAUUUA